GUCUGUGCUGCGCUGUCAUUCUUUGAUUGUGCGACGAGUACUAAAUUCGUUGUUUUUGUAAAAAAAAUACGUCUGAAAAUGCCCUGAUCAUCAAAUCCCCAUAAAAUAUAAUACAACAUCAUGUCUUGUAUAAAUGAGCCAGUGCUCAACAUAAUAGUUGUAGGUUUUCACCAUAAAAAAGGCUGCCAGGUGGAGCACUGUUACCCCGAGUUGGUGCCUGGCCGGCCCAAUGAGCUGCCGUCAGCAUGGCGGCAUCUUCCAGCAUUGGCAUUGCCUGACGGUUCUCAUAAUUACCUAUCUGAUACCAUAUUUUUCCACCUACCAGGGCUAACUGAGCCAGCCCAUACUGUGUAUGCAAUAUCCUGUUUCCGGCAAAUCCCAAUAGAGCAAGUGGUACAGAAAACAGAGGACAUGACCAGAAGUUCAGUUCAAAAGAGUGUCUGUGUAGUGUGCCAGUCCCCCCUGUUUGGAAGGCUGGCGGUGAAGAUGGAGCUGGUAGUGAGAGCAUGGUUCCUGCAGGGAGACUUCUCGCAGACCAAGCUUCUGGAGGAUGCAUACAAACACCUCAACAGCUGCCCAGUUCAGAUUGAUCAAACUCUAGAAGGUUUAUCAGUCCUCCGGCUAGUGGAGUCGUGGCGCCACAAAGCGCUACUGCUGUUCAAGUUGCUGCUGCUCCGGCGGCGCGUGCUGGUGUACGGCGCGCCGGCCGGGCCGCUGUCGGCCGCGCUGCUCACGCUGGUGUCGCUGCUGCCGCGCUGCCUGGAGCAUGGGCUGGGCAAGGCCGCCAAUGUCGUAUUGUCCAGGCCGUUAUCUCCCAUCCCUAUGGCCCCAGAUAACAAGUCGGAGGACAUUGUUGACACCGCAACCGACAUCGUUAACGAGCCGUAUGUAAACGGUUCAACACAAAUAGAUGACGAACUUACGCCUAAAGAAACAGGAAAUUUAUUGGAAGAAAAGGAUAGAGUUAGCCGGCAGAGCUUUGAUGAAACGCUACUGUUGCAAGCAGAUGUUGACAGGCAAGACUUAGCUAGCAGAGAAAAAUGCCACAGCGUUGGAGAAAAGUACAAAACGCAGAAACCACUAGUUGAAGCCCAGCAAAGUCCAACUAUGGCUAGAGAUAUGAGCGUUGAUGGCUUAUAUAACUUAACAAGUCAGAUUGACCAAGCUGAAUGCGGGCUUCCUUUAUCACUAUUUGAGGAUGGUUACCUCUGUUUACCGUACUUAUCUUUACAGUACUUAGAUCUUUUGUCAGACGCAGCCGUACAGGGUUUUGUAGUGGGUGCGUCGAAUGUUUUAUUUAAGCAGAAACGUCAGUUGUUCGAUGUGCUCGUCGAGCUGAAUGAGAUGAGGAUAGAAACAGGGGAUUUGAUGCUGCGAAGACAGCUGGCGCUCGGGACGGAAGACCUGAGGUUUGCUGACCACGUGGUGCGCCACGGCGCUUCGCAGGGCGACGCUUGGAUACGUGACCAAUUUGCCAGCUACUUAAUUUAUCUUUUAAGGACAUCUUUACUGCCAGAGGGUAGUCGGGAAAUCGACCCGUACAAUGCUCAAUUCAUGUCAGCGUUCAAAGCCACGCCGGCGUACCAGCAGUGGCUGAAGACGACCAACAACGGUGACAUCGAGGCGUUCGCCAACCUCGCGCCGAUCCAUCCGUUCGCCGGCCAGCUAUCCGUGGCUGAUAUGAAGUUGAAAAUCGCGCACACCAUGUCUACGAGCGAGGGCGGGCGGAAGGUGACGGCGGCGGUGGCGAGCACGGGGCGCGCCGUGGCCACCACGUCGCGCGCCGUCGGCGGCGCGCUGUCGCAGGCGCGCGGCGCGCUGUCGGGCUGGUGGAGCGCGCUCACCGCGCCGCCCGCCGCCGCCGCCGCCGACCCCGAGCCCGAGCACGCCGAGGAGGCCGCCGACCCCGCCGACAACCGGAAAGACGAGCGCGCCGACACGCCCGACCCUCCCGACAAAUCUAUAGAGGAAACCUCCACCGCCCUCAAUAAAAUACAGGUCGUAUAAUCGGACGCGUUUGCACGCGUCGCGAUUAUCGCUUCGUAGUAUUCUAGAUAUCGAAAUUAGGUCCGUUGUAAAUAUACUUCCGUGUAGUUCCUUGUAGCGGUGUAUCCGGUCGUCGAGUUGUAGCGAUGGUGGCCGUUAGAUUUUUUUACAGUGAUAAUGUGUUAAUUUAUAUUAGAGGAGAUUAAUCGAAGAUAGAACCGUGAGCAGACUAUUUGAUCGAAGAAAUAGACGGGCAGCUUUUUUUUAGAAUCUAGGUUAUCACUUAUUGCGCUUUCAUUAAAUGAAAUUGCUUUUAAUAUCUGUAAUUGUUUUUAAAUAGUGGAUAAAUUAACUAAAACUAUAUGUAUAUGUUUUUUGUUGUGUGUUAAAUUUUUCAUAUUUUUUCGCUCGAAUAGCUGCUUUCCUUGUAAGCGCAAUGUGAUUUUCAAAUACGCACGAAAAUUCUUGCACAUUGAAUUUUAUCUCGUGAAAAAGUUCAAAGAAAAACUCAAUCAGUAAUUAUUACAUGAUAAGCUUAAAAUAUUUAUCGAUUUGUAUUCAAUUAAAGAUCUAAAAUUUACCUUGAAUAUUCAUGAUACGAAGUGCACUGGAGUUUAUAAUUGCAUUGUCUAUUAAAAUUGAUAUAUUUUGAAAUGGUACAGGUAUUGUAAAAAUGUUGAUAAUAAUUACUGGUAACUUCAACUUUGAUACGAUUUGUGAUCUCUAAAAACACUGAUAGUUUUAGUAUGUUGUUGAUAUUAUAAUAGAUUAUUAUUUUAGACGUCAGUGUGGAAUAAUGUUACAGUGAAAUCGAAAUAAAUAAUGUUAAGAUGCUAUUACUUAAUCACUUUUUUUGCUUGUCGUUAUUUAUUUAUAAUAAUCAAUGAAAUCAGCAAGGAGGCUCUCUAUGUACUCAACGAAGAAAACCCCUGAAGCAGGGAUUCAUUCUGUUAUUUUGUACUUCCCUGACCUUAUAUAUUUAUAUUCUUUUAUUUUGAUGUACGGUUUCAGGUUGUAUACUUGCAAAAAUAUACGCAUACCUAACUGUUUUAUAGCUGUGACACGUUAAUAUAAAAUUAAAUUAUUUAA